GAAUUUAAGGAAGCCCACUUGCGCUCUCAUUCACGCUUCGAAACGGCGUUCGUACUCCCCAUUUACACGACGAGCAUCGCCGUUCCCGACUGAAGAAAAGAUUGACGCAGCAGCUAUUCCGAGUUCACAACAAGAUCUCUCCGCCAUCGUCUCUCUCAUACGCCGCAACAUGUCUCAGGUUGAUAGCAGGAAUUCCUCUGCAGCCAAACGUGCUAGAACUGAUGGUAGCCGAAGGGAAGAUGAUUGGACUUGUCCUAGUUGUGGGAACGUCAAUUUUUCAUUUAGAACAACUUGCAAUAUGCGCAACUGUACUCAGCCACGUCCUGCUGAUCAUAAUUCGAAAUCUGCUGCCAAGCCCGUUCAAGCUCCUCAGGGUUACUCCUAUUCUGCUCCUUACAUGGGUUCGGGUGCACCCUCUUCAAUGUAUCCUGGUGUACCACCUUAUGGUUCUUCUAUAUUCAACGGUUCAUCUAUACCUCCCUAUGAUGUGCCAUUUUCUGGGGGAUCAGCAUACCAUUACAACUAUGGCAGCCGGUUUUCUGCAGGCAGCCCCUACAGACCGUUGCAUUUAUCUGGGCCUGCACCUUAUUCGAGUGGAUCUAUGAUGGGAAACAGUGCAGUGUAUGGUAUUCCCCCGAUAAUGGAUCGCUAUGGCAUGGCUUUGCCAAUGGGCCCUGGUGCCAUGGGUCCCAGGCCAGGUUUUUUUCCAGAUGAAAUGUCUCAGAAGAAGGGUGCAGACACUACUCGCGACAAUGAUUGGGCAUGCCCAAAAUGUGGAAAUAUCAACUUCUCAUUUAGAACUGUUUGUAACAUGAGGAAGUGCAAUACACCAAAGCCUGGGUCACAGGCUUCCAAAAAUGACAAAAGCUCUAAACAAAAGACUCCAGAGGGUAGCUGGAAGUGUGAGAAAUGUAACAACAUAAAUUAUCCAUUCAGAACCAAGUGCAAUAGACAAAAUUGUGGAGCAGACAAGCCAGCGGAAUCAGAGAAAUCCCCAUCACCGGCACAGGAAGAAAAUGAUCAGGUCUGUUGUAUGAGUUUAUGUAUCUCUGUGUGUUGUUUGCAAUUGCUUGUGCUUUUGUUCAUAUAUGUAUGCAUUAUAAAGUGGAUUCGAUACAAUUUAAUUAACAAGAUAAUGAAUGAAUCACAUGAAAAAGGGAACCGGAACCCUUUCGGUAUGUUGUCUGUGGUACUGGUGCUUUCGUUGUGUAUACCCAUUUCUUUUUUUUCAUUUUUCUUUUCUUGAUUCUGUUUUGUUUUUUCCCAAUUCAUGCAUUAAUUUGUCAUUGUGUGUACUGUUCCAGUGAGUUCUAGAACAUGUUUGAGGGUUGAGAAGGUCCAGAUUUAUCUUCCAGCGUUGCUCAAUAUGGGUGUCUGAAAGUCAGUCUUGUCGUCCUCAUGUUGCAGCAGUUGUCAAGUCGGUCUACCUCUCUUGAUCCGUGUCAAGUUGUAUUAACUCAAUUUUUAGUGGUACUGGUCUUUUCACUCAAUUUAAUGCACUAUAUAAUACAUAUAUGAUCUGGCAAAAGAUUUAAUGGUUGGUUUCUGAUAUUAGGGAACAUUGAAUCCACUUUUUUAGUCUAGUGGGCCUGUUAAUUUGUGCACUAAAAUAUGUUAUGAGUAGACUAAACUGUGCCCUUUUGGGUUACGGUUUGAUGUCUUCA